AUGGUUUCUGUAGAUACCGCUGCUCAAAAGUUAGCAUCUUUACCUUUUUUGGGUUGUUGUGGUAUUGAUGCGGUUGGUCUUAGUGGUGGUCUGUUUAUAUGUUGGUUUUCAGCGUUAGGCUUAAUCCCUGUUUACAAUUCACAAAAUGUAUAUCUGUGUAAAUUAGUGCAAGGAGAUGAAAUAAAAUAUGUGAUGUUUGUGUAUGGCUCGCCUCAUGUUACUAAUCGUUUGGAGAUUUGGUACUUGAUUAGUAAUUUUUUGGAGUCCUUUUCAAAUGUGGUAAUUAUUGGAGAUUUUAAUCAAGUGGAGUAUACCUCGGACAAAUUAGGGGGAAAUUUCUCUAUUCCAGGACAAUCGGACUUUAUAAAUUGGCGGAUAGGUCAGGAUUUAAUAGAUGUUCCUUUUUCUGGUCCUCGAUAUACCUGGACGAAUAAUAGAUUGGAUUCCGAUCCUAUUUUUGAGCGUCUGGAUCGAGCUUAUGGCUCUUCCACUUGGUUUGCUAAUUACCCGGAUACCAAACUUUUACAUCAACCCAUCUUAUUUUCGGAUCAUGCUGCUAUUAUUCUUUCUGAUACGGCUGAUUCUGGGUGUGGUAAACGUCCUUACAGAAUUGAGAACUGGUGUUUGUCUGCUCCAGCUGUACACAAUAUUAUCGCUUCUGUCUUUUCUUUGUUCCUUUCUGGUUCCUUCAUCUGGUCUUUGAUGUUCAACAAGCUUCUCAGUCUCUUAACUCUCGAGCAGGCCGGUGCCUUUUCAUUUCCACUAAAAAACACAAAAAUGGCAGAGGCACAGGCGGCCUUUAUUUUUUGGCAGCAAAGGGCAAAAGCUAAAUGGAAUGCUUUAGGAGAUUCUUAUUCUCGUUUUUUGUUCUCUUCGGUCCAGUCUCGUAAACGAAAGAAUAAGAUUUUAGGACUUCGAGAUUCUUCUGGUUGUUGGCAUCACGAUCCUGAUCGGAUUGUGUAA